CGCCGUCGUCUCGUCGUCGGCUGAGUUGGCUCCCGCCAGUCGAGUCGCGUCCGCCGAAGUGUGAACGUGGUUCCCUCGUGAUCGGCCGAUUAACCCCUCGGAUUUUCCAUACGUAAACGCGACUCUUUCUCGAGGCGAAAAAAAUGGCCUGCAACAGAGCUGCCAAAUCUGGAUUUGCCGCGGAGGCACAAAGAAAGAUCAAUAGUAAAUACAGCGCGGAACUCGCGCAGGAAUGUCUGGAAUGGAUCAAGACGAUCACUGGCGAAAACAUAAACACCAACGGGGACAUGGACAACUUCUACGAGAUCCUGAAAGAUGGCAUCUUACUUUGCAGACUGGUGAAUGAUAUCAAGGAGGGCUCGGUAAAGAAAAUUAACGAGACGUCGCUGGCCUUUAAAUGUAUGGAGAAUAUAAAUGCCUUCCUAGAAGCUGCGAAAUCAUUAGGUGUUCCGCCGCAAGAGACCUUCCAGACCGUAGACCUCUGGGAAAGGCAGAAUCUAAAUUCCGUUGUUAUUUGCUUACAAUCUCUUGGAAGGAAGGCAGGUAACUACGGCAAACCAAGCAUCGGUCCUAAAGAAGCAGAUAAAAAUAUACGCAAUUUCACCGAGGAACAAUUGAGGGCCGGACAAGGCGUGAUAAGUCUACAAUAUGGCAGUAAUAAAGGUGCUAAUCAAAGUGGCAUUAAUUUCGGAAACACAAGACACAUGUAAAACAUCCACCUCCGUAUUUGCGUUGAGAAACAAAACCAUUCUGUUCUCAUCUCUCUUUUGACUUUAUUACCGUAAAAGUACUCCUCUAGAUGUAGCAUACGCAUAAUAGAUGUUAACGAGGUCCAAAAUAAAAAGUAUACUGAAUGAUAUGUAUCCUCAUCACAAGAAUUAAGAUGAGACAUAAGAUUUUUCAAAUAAAAAAAUAAUAC